UACAAUAAAUUACAAGAGUUGUACUCAAACUUAGAUAUUGUUAUAAACAACGCGGGAAUACUUCGUGAUAAGUCUUUUGGGAAACUGUCACAAAAGGAUUGGGAUUUAGUACAUGCGGUACACUUACGGGGCUCAUUCAUAGUGACGAAAGCCGCGUGGCCUUACUUCCAGCAACAGAAAUACGGCCGAAUUAUUAUGACUACAUCUCCGGCUGGUAUUUAUGGUAACUUCGGUCAAACGAAUUACGGUUCCGCAAAACUCGGUUUAGUUGGACUAAGCAAUACAUUAGCCGUUGAAGGGGCCAAGUAUAACAUUAAGUGCAAUUCUAUAGCACCGGUCGCCGCUUCCCGACUCACCGAAGAUAUAUUUCCCGAAAAUUUUAUGGAUUACUUCAAGCCUUCAUAUGUGGCGCCAUUAGUGGUCUGGUUGUCACACGAGUCGUGUCCCGAGACCGGCGGUGUUUACGAGACGGCCGGCGGUUAUAUUGGCAAAUAUCGUUGGCAGCGAUCAAACGGUAAAGUGUUUGCUCCGCCCAAUACUCUCACUCCCGAAGCCGUUCGUGACUAUUGGCCUCAAAUAACAGACAUGAAUAAAGCCAAUAGUUUUAAUUCAUUUCAAGAGCACACUUUAAGUCUUGUGAAUACAAUUAAGGAAAUAAGUGAAGAGAAUAAUAUUGGCGAAGUGUCGACCACUUCUGUUACUAAUAGCUAUACUAUUGACGAUACUAUCCUUUACGCACUCUCUGUCGGUCUCUCAACUCGUGAACCAAAACAUCUGAAUUUUCUCUAUGAAUGUAAUGAUGAAUAUUCAGUAAUUCCCAGUUUUGGAGCAGUUAUUGGUUUAAAAGCCUUUUCUGAAAGCAAUGUAUUACACGACGCCUUAAAAGCCCAUAAUAUCAGCGGCGAUAUGACUAAAUUAAUACACGGCGAACAAUAUUUAGAACUCGUUAAACCCAUCCCUUCGUUCGCAACCCUAACAUCAGUGCCAAAAAUUAUUGAUGUGUUAGACAAGGGUUCGGGCGCUCUCCUCAUUAUAGGAAUUGAGACAUUUGAUGAAAACCAAUCGCUUGUGUUCUACAACCAAAUGUCGCUAUUUAUGGUCGGAUCGGGAAAUUUUGGGGGCAAAAGAAUGAGUAACGACACCAAUAUUAAGCCUAUUGUUUCGGCGCCUAACAGACAGCCCGAUGCCAUUGUUUCGGAGAAAACUUCAAUUGAUCAGGCUGCUAUAUAUCGUCUCUGUGGUGACAAAAAUCCUCUUCAUAUCGACCCGAUGUUUGCUUCGGCCGGAGGGUUUUCAAGUCCUAUACUCCACGGCUUGUGUACAAUGGGGUUUGCAAUGAGACAUGUAUUGCGUGAAUUUGCCGGAUAUGAUGUGAAGAACUUCCGGGCAAUUAAAGCCCGAUUUGUUGGACCCGUAACUCCCGGACAAACCAUUGAGACCCAGAUGUGGAGAGAAGGGAACCGAAUUUAUUUUCAAAGUUUUAUCAAAGAGACCGGAAAACAGGUUAUUUCUGGCGCUUAUGUCGAUCUGAUUGAAGUUCAAGUUAGGAAUCAUAACACAGAAAAUAAUUUCCAAAACUCGAAGAAUGAUAACGAUUUUAUUUUGAGCUCAUCUUUGGCUUCAAAUAUCAAUGACAUAACAAUCGAUGAAUUAGCAAAAGAUUGUUUGAAAGAGAAUACAGAGAAUGUGAUUCGAUAUGUUUGCGCUCCUUAUGGGGGAAAUGACGGUCAAUCGGGUGGAGGCGACGGUCAGAGUUCCAGAAUUGAUAAAAUAUUUGGCGGAUGGCUAUCGGUUCGGAUCAAUGAUCACAAAGAACUCGUUCCUAUUAUUAAGACUGUCUAU